AUUUCCCCUUUUUUCUAUUCUCCUUUGAGCAGCUGAAGAAUUCUAAUUUGCUUCCCUGUAUAAUGUUCUCUUUGCUACAAUCCUUUUCUCACGCAAUAAAUGAAUAUAGUUGAUAUAUUAGACUCUUGAAUUUCAGGUCCCUUUUAUGUUUUCAAAUUCUGCUUCCGACACUUAGCAGCAGUGAGUCUCUUAAAAAUAUGCCUCAGUUUUUUUAGUUGUAAAGUAAUAGAAGUGGACUUGACAGCUUGUGUGGUUCCUUCCAUCUUGAAAUCUAUAUAGGAUCUUUACUACCUGUGUGAUCCUGGAUAAGUAAUUUUCUUUUCCUAUGCCUCGGAGUUGGACUAAACUUUUUAGAUCUCAAAUGCUCCUUCCAGAUUCCAAAAAAAAAAAAAAAGAAAGAAAGAAAAAAAUCCCAUUAACAAAUGCUCUAUCAUCCCUUUAGUCUUUUUCCCCAGGGGUAAGGAAAGCAGAUCUUCUGCGCCUGCGCUCUUUCCUCCUACCAUUUGCUAUAGGAUUAGGAAGACGCAUUUUCUCCCUUCCCUCUCAAGCUUUCAGAGUAGUAAAUGCGCAUGCUCAUGAGGACAGCCUUCCUCCUUUCCGAUUUCCGCCCUUUCUUCAAACCUGGUCUUAGAGCCAGGAGGAUCUGCGCCUGCGCCUGUUGGUGUGCCCCGGAAGCAGUUUUUUGGCCCUUUGACACGUAGCAACAGUACCGCUUUGGGGAGUCUGCUGCAGACCCUGGGGGGAUUUUAAGGCCGCUGGGGCUGUUCCUGUUCUGGAUUAUCCGCAAUGUCAGGGUUCGACAGCUUUAAUACGGAUUUCUACCAGACCAGUUACAGCAUCGAUGACCAAACACAGCAGUCUUAUGAUUAUGCUGGAGGGGGACCAUAUAGCAAACAGUAUGGUGGCUAUGACUAUUCUCAACAAGGCAGAUAUGUCCCUCCAGACAUGAUGCAAUCACAGCAGCCUUAUACUGGACAAAUUUUCCAGCCAACACAGGCAUACACUCCAUCUACACCACAAUCAUUCUAUGGAAACAAUUUUGAGGACGAGCCACCUUUAUUAGAAGAAUUAGGAAUCAAUUUUGAUCACAUCUGGCAAAAAACACUAACAGUGUUGCACCCAUUAAAAGUAGCAGAUGGAAGCAUCAUGAAUGAAACCGAUUUGGCAGGACCAAUGGUUUUCUGUCUGGCCUUUGGAGCCACAUUGUUACUGGCUGGUAAAAUUCAGUUUGGAUAUGUAUAUGGGAUCAGUGCAAUUGGAUGUCUAGGAAUGUUUUGUCUAUUAAACUUAAUGAGUAUGACAGGUGUCUCAUUUGGCUGUGUCGCUAGUGUACUUGGAUAUUGUCUUCUUCCGAUGAUCCUACUUUCCAGCUUUGCAGUUAUAUUUUCUUUGCAGGGAAUGGUAGGAGUUAUUCUCACUGCUGGGAUUAUUGGAUGGUGCAGUUUCUCUGCUUCAAAAAUUUUCAUCUCUGCUUUAGCCAUGGAAGGACAGCAACUUCUAGUAGCAUAUCCUUGUGCUUUAUUAUAUGGAGUCUUUGCCCUGAUUUCCAUUUUUUGAACUGUAUAUCUUGGAUAUUGGACAUCAGUGGGCCAAAUACUAAAAAUGUAAAACAUCGAACUCUUAAAUUGGACCAGCAGACCACGCUACACCAUCACUAUCAUGCAGAUUUAACUCUUGACCUUUGGAACAAUGGGAAUAAACAUGUAUCUCUUGUUCAUUUUUAUAGAACUUUUGAAUACUUGGAUUUCCCGCAAUGUGUCUAGCUUUAAGUUUAAGUGUUUGUGCUUAUACGAAUAAGAUGUAAUGUUUCUUUCCUGUUCUUACAGCUUUUAGAAAAACAACUUUGUUUCUUGCAAAUUAUUAUGAUGUUUUUGAUAGAUUUUUAUCAAACAAAGGUGAAAGAAACCACAGUUAAAGGUCUUUCUAGACACCAUUCCAUGUAACACAUUAGCAGAUAUUUCGAUGCUAGAUCUAUUGCAAAACUUGUUUCCCAAGAUAGAGAAGAAAAUUUUUAGUACACUUGAACCAAAUGCACUUGAAGCAAAUGUGAUUCCUGAUGUAAUAUGUUGUGAGUUUGCAUUUCAAAGGUUAUUCCUUUAAAUUAUCUUAUGUAAAAGAACUUGCUAAAAUGCAAAGGAGUACAGAUGACUCAGUCUACUUCUGAUAGACUCAAAAUGUGAAUAAAUGUUUAGAUAAUAGCAUUAGCAGAAAUAAAGUGACUAGGACUGGCUAGUCAAAACUAAUGCUUGUAUUAACAAUUGAUAUGAAGUUCACAGUACUUCCCAGAAAAAAAAAAAUCACUAGCCUUUUUGAGAAGGAUACUUAAAAUAUAGCAGUUGUCAUAAUGCAGUUAUCAAUGUAAAGUACAUUUGAUGCUUAUUGAUUAAAUUUUCCUGAAGUAA